AUGUCACCUUUUCACACUGCGGUAAACAGUGCCCGCCUAAAUGACCUGGACGUCACCAUUUGGCACCACACUCGACAGAGCCUGGAUAAUGACCCACAUGUCACCUUUCACACUGCUCUGGACAGUGCCCAGCAGGCCCUGGCUCUGGAAUUUGCUGUGGAGGAGGUUAACAGGGACUAUGAUCUUUUGCCCAAUAUUCCUGUGGGAUUCCGUAUCUAUAGCACCCACCACAGUGAUAGUAGGACCUCCCUGAAGUGGCUGGCUGGUGGGGAUUCCACCAUCCCCAAUUAUAGCUGCCAGAGGCAGGCCAAGUCAGUGGCUGUCACUGGAGGGGCCACCUCUUCCCUGUCGGUCCAGAUGGGAGCACUUCUUGAGCUCUACAAGUUCCCACAGAAGCCCAUCUCUGAGUGUUCUCCAAGCUGUGGUCCUGGGUUUAGGAAAACUACUUGUGAUGUGGAGCCCAUCUGCUGCUUUGAUUGUGUCCUAUGCUGAGUGGGAAAGAUUUCCAACGAGCCAGGCCUGGGUCAGUGUGAGAAGUGCCCAGAGGACCAGUACCUAAACAAGGAGAGAGAUUGCUGCCUCCCCAAGGCCACCACCUUCUUGGCCAUAGAAGAACCCUUGGGAAUGACCUUGGCCUGUGCAGCUCUUUCCUUCUCUCUCCUCACAGUUCUAGUUCUGGUGGUCUUUGUGAGGCAUCAGGACACUCCCAUUGUCAAAGCCAACAAUCGGUCCCUCAGCUGUAUUCUCCUCAUCUCCCUGACCCUCUGCUUCCUCUGCUCCUUGCUCUUCUUUGGUCAUCCUACCAGGGUGACCUGCCUCCUCUGACAAACAACCUUUGGAAUUGUAUUCACAAUAGCUCUUUCCACCAUUUUGUCAAAGACUAUCACUGUGGUUCUGGCCUUUAAGGCCACAAGACCAGAGAGCAGGGUCAGGCACUGCACAGGGCCCAGAGCUUCUAACUCCUUCAUUCUCACCUGCUCUCUGAUCCAAGAGACUCUCUGUGGGGUGUGGCUGGUGAGCUCUCUCCCGUUUCCAGACACAGACCCAUACUCUGAGCCUGGACUCAUCAUCAUAGGGUGUAAUAAGGCUAGCCACCACUUCUACUGGGUCCUGGGCUACAUGGGUGUCCUGGCCUUGGUGAGCUUCUCUAUUGCUUUUGCAGCCAGGAACUUCCCUGACACCUUCAAUAAGGCCAAGUUCCUCACAUUCAGGAUGCUGAUGUUCUGCAGCAUCUGGGUGUCCUUCCUGCCCAACUACCAGAGCACCAAGGGGAAGAUCAUGGUGGCCAUGGAGAUCUUCUCCAUACUAGCCUCCAGCCUGGGGUUACUGGGAUGCAUAUUUGCGCCAAAGUGCAAUAUGAUACUGCUGAGACCAGAUAGGAACACCCAGUUAUCGAUAAAGAGAAAAGGAGACAUGAAGAGAAUUAAUUAUGAAACUUUGCCUCAAAGUUUCCACUAA